AGCUUAUCAGAGUAAGAAUGUUCUUGAUUAUUUUAGGAUAUAGCCCAUCUGUACUGUAGAAUAUUAAUGGCUAGAUGCCAGAAUUGUUUUAUUAUAACAGCACAUAAGGCGAUUUGUUAUCUAUUUAUCCAUAAUCAUAAUCAUAAUCACAAUCAUUUAAUUAUUUUGCACCUUUUUCUAACAUGAUCUCAACAGCUUUGAUAAUUUAAAAUCAUUUGCCUACUCUUGUCUUCUUACAAACUACUUAAUAUUUUGCAGAUUAUAAUACAUCCAAUGAAAUUCUGAACUAAUUGACCUAUAGACACUCAAUAAGACUCUCUCUAGAGUUUGCUAGCUUGGAAUGUUUUACCAUCAAUUGGUAACUUCAUUAUAUUAUCGUUAGUUUGAAAUAGACUCUCAUGGUUUAAUAUUUAAAGGUGUCAAUUUUACAUAUAUACAUGGAAUUGCUCAGACUAAUUGUGAUUAAAGUAAUGCUAUGAGAUUCCAACACACACUGACUUAAGACUAUGCACAAAUCUGUUAGCUAUGAAUUUAUUUAAUGUAGAUUUGGAUGAACAUUCUUCCUAUUAACAUGUCUGCCUUUGUAUGUGUGUUUAGUAGUUUCUUUGUUUAAAACAAUGUUUUACCCUCAGUUAAAAUAGGAAUUUAGAGGUACGAAGAUUCCCAAAAUGCCAAGCCAGAAGACAACAACAUGAGCAGUGUUCCAAAUUAACAAGAACACAAAUUACAUUCAUUGUAGACAUUCUUUAUGGAGAAUGUUAGCCAAGUUUCAUAGGUGACACAUUUUCCAAUGUGCCACAUGUCACUUUGUGUUUCCAUGCAUCUUUUAAGGCUGUAUAUGGAUCACUGACAAUUUUACAGUGCCUCAGCCUGAUGACGUUAGAUGUUCUCUUAGUGUAUGGCUUACCUUGUGGGUGUUUUCUGACACCUGUCAGCAGUGUGCUCCUAUGUUCUGAUGUAUAAAGAUGCACUAAUCAAUAUUUAAACAGCAAUUGUGGAUCAAAUGUCUAUGUGUUUUUGGCUAGCAACAGCUUUCCGAAGUCGUACAGUGUUUGUUUUCUCUGCAUUAAAUAAAACAGACAGUUAGUGGCUGUAAUGUUUAAUGUAUUUCAUAAAUAUAGCAGCACGGAACUAUCUCCCUCAAACAUAUUGUAAAAUCAAAUUUUCUUUUUUCUGCAUUAACAGAUUAAGCAUGUAAAGUAGGGUCCUUUUCCUGGCUUUAGAGUCCAAAGUUUCUUCUGGAGUGGGGUGGAGCUAACAAAAAAAAAAGGAAACAAAAUAAAAGACAUAUGUCUAAUGGUGGGAAAAAAACAAAUCCAGGUUAAAUUAAGGCCUAUAACCGACUGAAUAAACAAUAAUGACAACAAAUGUUCUGAAAUUAAUUCCCUUUUACUUUAGAGUCCACAUUUCUUUUUCCAACCUCUCUGUAAAAACACCCCUGUAAAUCUUUGAAUAAUCUCUAUAUCAGCGCCACGUUUUCAAGACACGCGAUUUGAGAAUGAAAAUGUCUUUUCUUUUCGUUUUCUCUGUGUUUUCGUCCACUCAAUGCCCAGCAUUUUAAAAAUGCAUUUCCCAGAGUGCUUCCAAAGGCGCUCCUGCGCUCUGGGACGCACUGGGUGUGGCCCACACACGCGCGUGCACACGCACGCUCACGCGCUCACGGAGAGUUUAUUCCGGUGGGUUCCGUUUUUCUCUGCUCCUUUUCCUCUCCGCCUCUCUGUCUGCCGGAUCUGUCUGCUUCUCCCAGCGAGCUUCAUCUGACGCCUGCUGCUCAGCGCCUUCUUUCUCACCGUUGAAAAACCUCCCAAGACUGUUAAAAUGGCCACCAGAGGAACCGUGAAAGCCAGUGCUAACUUCAAUGCCAGUGCAGACGCCGAGGUUCUCUAUAAGGCCAUGAAAGGGCUGGGGACCGACGAGGAUGCCAUCUUGCAGCUGGUGACGGCUCGCAGCAACAGCCAGAGGCAGGAGAUCAAGGCCAGCUACAAGACCCUCUAUGGAAAGGAUCUAAUUGAUGACCUGAAGGGUGAGCUGGGGGGCAAAUUUGAGAACCUGAUUGUGGCCCUGAUGACCCCGCCUCUGGCAUAUGAUGUGACAUUACUUCGAAAUGCGAUCAAGGGGGCAGGAACAGAUGAGAAGGUUCUGGUGGAGGUUCUGGCUUCCAGGACUUCUCAGCAGGUCAAGGACAUCGUCGCCGCUUACCGACAAGAGUACGACGACAAUCUGGAGGAGGAUGUGUGUGGUGACACCUCCGGUCACUUCCAGAGGCUCCUGGUCAUUUUGCUUCAGGCAAACAGGCAGGCAGGGAUCCAGGGGGGAAACAUUGAGAGUGAUGCCGAGGCUCUCUUUAAGGCAGGAGAGCAGAAGUUUGGCACUGACGAGCAGGCCUUUGUUACCAUCCUGGGCAAUCGCAGCGCCGAACACCUAAGGAAAGUUUUUGAUGCGUACAUGAAGUUGUCUGGAUAUGAGUUGGAGGAGAGUAUCCAGAGAGAAACAUCUGGAAACCUGAAAGCCAUUCUUCUUGCCGUGGUCAAGUGUGCCAGAAGCGUUCCAGCCUAUUUUGCUGAGACUUUGUACUAUGCCAUGAAGGGUGCAGGUACUGAUGAUGACACCCUGGUUAGGGUGAUGGUGACUCGCAGUGAAGUGGACUUGUUGGACAUCAGAACUGAGUUCAGAAGGCUGUUUGCGUGCUCUCUGCAUUCAAUGAUCAAGGGUGAUACCGGUGGUGACUACCGCAAGGCUUUACUUAUGCUCUGCGGAGGAGAUGACGCGUAACCAUGGCCAGGGUUGAUGAUCUGAGCCUCUGAAGUGCCUCCUACCUAUUAGGGCUUGUUGGCCAUGGGUUGACAAUAAUAACAAGCUAAAAUAAACUUUGUUUUUUUGUGACAGACAUGGCCUAUCUGGUCUUUUUAAACGAUGAUUCCAAACAAUGUUUUUAAAAGGUAGCUAACAUUUUUCUCACAUUAAUGUAGCUUUGGGUCUACUAAUAGCUACACCAUAAUCGGUGUCAUACCAUUCAUUUAAAAUGCUGAAGUAUCAGAAAACACUCUUUUUUGUAAGCACUUUGUAUGGCAGCACCAAUUUCUGCAUUAUUAAAUGUUUCAGUUCUUAACGGUCA